GUGCGUGUGUCGGUGUGACAGAUGAAUGAUCCUUACCAGUUGUGGACCGACGAAGCUGAACUUUCAAUGUGAUGACUCUGAAAAGAAACUGAUCGGGGAAUUGGGAAACCAUAUAUCAUCAAUCCAUUUGGGAAAACGCGCUUAAAUGUCUAGAGAUAGAUUAUAUUUCAUCGCAUUGUCGCAAUCUUUUAACCACCACCUGGACUUUGUUCAAAUGUUUUGUGUUAUGUAACGUUAGUAGAAUGAAAAUGAGGCUGCCUUUAGCAUUCAUUACAAAUGCAAAACUGCUUGAUUCUGGCUUUAGAAUCAGGCAUGGGAUUCAUAAUGGAAUUACAAAAACGCCAUUGCUGUCCAGUUGUAAUAUAUGCAGCAGGGCGGAGAGAAAGUGGAUAAAACCAGUGGGCUAUGACACCGGUGUAAUGACUUACAACAGUCUUACCAAGCAGAAAGAACCCCUGGUUUUGGCUCAAGAAAGAAUUGCUUCCUGGUAUAGCUGUGGUCCCACUGUUUAUGACCAUGCCCAUCUCGGCCAUGCGUGCUCAUAUGUCCGAUUUGACAUUCUGCAAAGGAUCUUAUCUAGACUUUUUGGAAUCAAUGUCAUCCAUGUUAUGGUCAUCACUGACAUUGAUGAUAAAAUCAUACAAAGAAGCCUUGAGGAGAACAUCUCACCCACCGUCCUUGCAAGAAUGCAUGAGGAAGAGUUUAAAAGGGACAUGCAAGCACUGCGGGUUCUUCCUCCAGCUGUAUACAUGAGGGUGACAGACAACAUUCCCCAGAUUGUAGCUUUCAUAGAGCGCAUUAUCAGAAACGGACAUGCCUAUGUCACAAAUCAAGGGAACGUCUACUUCAACACUCAGUCCAUUGGUAGCCGUUAUGGCAAGCUUGUGAAUCUCGGAGGCGUUGUUGGGGAGCAAGGGGUUCAGGAUAAAAGGGAUCCAAGGGACUUUGCUCUGUGGAAAGCAUCCAAACCACAUGAACCUCACUGGGUUUCAUCUUGGGGACAAGGGAGACCUGGGUGGCACAUUGAAUGUUCUACAAUUGCAAGCUCAGUGUUUGGAAGUCAGUUGGACAUCCACUCCGGAGGGAUUGACCUUGCCUUCCCACAUCAUGAGAAUGAGAUUGCCCAGUCUGAGGCGUAUCAUCAGUGUGAACAAUGGGGAAACUACUUCCUGCACUCCGGACACCUUCAUUUGAAAGGAAGUGUAGAGAAGAUGUCAAAAUCCUUGAAGAAUUAUAUAACUAUAAAGGAUUUUCUGGCAUCUUACACUGCUAAUGAGUUUCGACUGUUUUGCCUUCUGACCAAAUACAGAUCAGCAAUUGACUAUAGUGAUGCUAGCAUGUAUGAAGCCCGAUCUACCUUGUCCACCAUCUCUGCCUUCUGCCACAAUGCACAGGCCUACAUGCAGGGCCAUUUACAGAGCCAGCCUAUAGAGGAGGGACUUCUCUGGGAGAGGUUAUCUGCUACACAGACCAGUGUUGGGAAAGUACUCGCUGAUGAUUUUGACACCCCAAAAGCUGUGGAUGCCAUUAUGAGCCUCAUUCACCAUGGCAACUGUCAGCUUCAGGCUGUUACUAAGGUUCAUGGGCCUAGGAGUCCUGUUGUAUUUGGAGCCAUGCUGUCCUAUGUCAGGGAAAUCAUGGAUGUUUUUGGAGUUGAUCUACUGGAUGAAAAGGAAGUCCAUGAUUCCUCCGGAAUUUUGAAUAAUGUGGUGGAGGAGUUGGUGCAUUUUCGGAGUGAGGUUCGUAAAUUUGCACUUUCUGUGCAAGACCAAGCUCCACAAGACCCCAAGCCUGGCAGUGAAAUGCAGAAAAGUCAUCCACAGCCAGACAGAAUACCCUUGCUGAAGGCCUGUGAUGCCUUAAGGAAUAAUCUAGCACCCCUCGGAGUCCACAUUAAGGAUAGAAGCACAAUCUCCACUUGGGAAAUUACAAGAGGAGAGACGAGGAAGAAUUAACCACUCACUGAAUUGGACCAAUCCUUUAUCUAUUAGAACUUGGACAUGCUGUUCUCAUGAAGCAUCUCAUCGGUGACUUCAAGUU